CUUAAAGUUAAGGCUAUUUAAAGACAGGUAGUAAUUUUAGCGUUUUCUGAUUUUUCUCCGUUUUUAGGGUGCUAAUUUUGAGCAAAUUUGUACUAGCACAACAUGUGUCAAAAGAUAUAUAAGUAUGAUUUUAGGAAAAGAAUCAGAAACAAGGUGCUCAUAGAGCAUUCACUCUGUGCUGUUAGCUUCAUCGCAUCAUGAUUUCACACAGCGGCAAAACGGAACUUUUACCGUAAUAGAGUGCAGUACAAGCUUGCUGUACAUGUAGGGAAUAUAAUAAUCAACUCACCCACUCCUAAUGAAACUGUUCUCACUUUCUCUCCACUGAGAAUCUCAGAUGCUGUCACAUACUGUUGUCACGGUAACCUCACCACUGCCAUUCCCUAUCAACUUUUCUCAGACAGCAGCUAUUUUAACUUAAUUGUUCAAAGUAACGUUCAUAUUAAAUCUCCAUAGCUACGUGCAAAAUAUUCUUUGUACAGUACCCAGACCAACAGUGACAAUCUCAAGGUCUCCCUCUACCUCAGCUUUGUUUGCUAACCUCAGUGUGGUAACAUUUACAUGUCAAUUGUCUAUACAUGUAAACAUUGAUACUCCCGUCACUUUGAGCUUGACUUGGACUCGUGAAGUUUAUAGUGAUGAAGAUGAUACAACCACUGAAGUGAUCGUGGUGAAUAGUACAACCAAAGAAAUCCAGAGAAGAUGGACCUUUAAUGAUUUUAGUUCAAAAGACCAGAGAGCGACUUGCAAUGGAACAAUAAGCUCAGCUAUAGCAGGUUUAUUCAAGGCAAUAGCAGUAUGGAUGGUAACACGUUAUCUGUUGCUGGUGUGUUUCUGAUGUUCAACGGCAGUGUAUUUAACGACAAUAUGACCUCUGUACCAGCGAGGGAUGAGAGAUGGUUCUCGAGACAUGCCCACUUGUAAACCCAACGAGACCUUCCUGGUUCGACCCAAGGGUAAUGUGGAUGAUCGAGUCCUCAACCAUGCCUUAAUUGUCACACACACCAUCGACAUCGUAGAUGGAGGCAGGUUCAAGAGGAUCCCCGUGUACAGAGACCCUGCUGGAGGGUACGGAUUUGCAUCACUAUUCUUUGACUUGCUCAGUUUAGUUCUGUACUAUGCCACCAACACGAUGGAGAAACACAACCCUGAACUAGAGACAAUGCUUAGAUACUCUGCAUUCCAUGUGGACAGGGGCCGUUAGUAACUGAACUAGCAGCUGUACAGUAUUGUGUGUGUAUAGUGUAGGAUUCUCUUUCUGUGUAUGUGCUGUAUGUAUGUAUGUUGAUGUGUGUGUGGAAGUUGCAAUCACAAUUUCAGACUUCCUG